AGGCGUGUUAACUUUAAGGGCGUGGUUUGUUGUCAAUGGCAACGAAAAAAUAAAAAUGGAGGUCGAGCCAGAAUAUCUCAGCACGGAAAUUAUUGAAGGGAAUAUUGAUGUACAUCCUAGCAAGAACGCCAUAUUGAUACACUACAGUGUUGAUGCGCGAGUCCUCUCUGAGAGACUAGAAACAAUGGGAGCUGACCUUAAGCAGUGUAGGAAAACUAUUAAUAUAAAAGGAUUGAGUAAAUCCACUGAUAUCCAGUCAUUGGCUGGUUUCCUGGUAUCACAGACUCCACUCAUUUCAUCAAAGAGACUACCAGAGAUAGAGCAACUCCUUAUGUACAUGCUAAACAGGAAACUCAACAAGCCUGGAUUUCAAGAAGAGAAAGAUGUUUUGUCACAGUCUUCAAGAGGAAUGUGUCAGGAAUUGGAUGCAUGUCAGAGAGAAAUUACAGAAGUUGCUUCUUUGGUUGAUUUAUCCGAUUACUUGGAAUUAUUAUAUGAAGAUAUACCAGAGAAGGUUCAAGGCACUGGAAUGAUAUUACAAUUAGCUAGAAACCCUGACAAUCUACUGGAGCUAGGAUCCAAUGAGUCAUUGUUCUUAGCUUUGACUAGAGUACUGAGAGACGACUGGCGUAAAAGCAUUGAACUCUCUACUAACAUAAUUUACAUUUUCUUUUGCUUUUCGACUUUCUCUGACUUUCACAGGGUCCUCAUACACCACAAAGUACAUCAAGAAAUAAUUAUAAUUUAUUUUAAUCAUAAAAUUGAUUAUAACUUGAUUUCAGCAAUAUUCUUUUUUAUUACUUUAGUGAAUGGGACAACACACAAGCAAAUAAAAUUUUAAGUAAUAAUCAA